CAUUAACUAGCUACUAGACGCCGUGUAAUGUCUUGCUGGGGAAGCUGUGGACAGCAGUGGCGCAGGAGCUGAAAUCUAUGAGAAAUUUAAUAACCAUUUAAUAUUUAAUUGAUUUUAUUUUAACACCUAAAGACGUUUGGACUGUCUCAAGAUGUCUGUCGCGGGCUUAAAGAAACAGUUUUAUAAAGCGAGCCAGAUGGUGAGUGAGAAGGUCGGCGGCGCCGAGGGAACCAAACUGGACGAAGACUUUAAAGACUUGGAACGGAAAGCAGAUGUGACCAGCAAAGCAGUGGUGGAGGUAAUCUCCAAAACCUCUGAGUACCUGCAGCCCAACCCAGCGUCCCGGGCCAAGUUGUCCAUGCUGAACACCAUGUCAAAGAUCCGUGGGCAGGUGAAAAGCCCGGGCUACCCCCAGGCAGAGGGCUUGCUAGGGGAGUGCAUGGUCAAGUAUGGACGCGACCUUGGAGAUGAAACCAACUUUGGUGGUGCUCUUGUAGAUGCUGGGGAAACUAUGAAGAGGCUUGCUGAGGUCAAGGACUCCCUUGAUAUCGAUGUCAAACAGAACUUCAUAGAUCCUCUGCAAGGCCUGUACGACAAAGACAUUAGAGAAAUACAGCAUCACCUGAAGAAGCUGGAGGGCCGUCGCCUGGACUACGACUACAAGAAGAAGCGGCAGGGCAAGAUCCCGGACGAGGAGGUGAAGCAGGCGCUGGAGAAGUUCCACGAGUCCAAGGAGGUGGCCGAGAUCAGCAUGUACAAUCUGCUGGAGACCGAUCAGAUCGAGCAGGUGAGCCAGCUGUCCUCCCUGGUGGAGUCUCAGCUGCAGUAUCACCGGCAGGCCGUGCAGAUCCUGGACGAACUAUCAGAGAAACUCAAAGAAAGGAUAAAUGAGGCACAGACCCGCCCCCGCAGGGAAUACAUCCCCAAGCCCAAGCCAGUCUUUGACUUCCCGGAACCGGACCAAUCAAACGGCGGCUUUACGCCGUCUGUAGCUCCUCCUCCUUCCCGCAACUCAGACCCUUACCUCCAGUUUGGCCAAGUGUCAACACGGAAACCCAGGCCGCCGUCGGAGCAGCCGUGCUGUAAGGCGCUGUACGACUUUGAGCCGGAGAACGAGGGUGAGCUGGGUUUCCGCGAGGGCGACAUCAUCACCCUGACCAAUCAGAUCGACGAGAACUGGUACGAGGGCAUGCUGCGCGGCCAGUCUGGCUUCUUCCCCCUCAACUACGUGGAAGUGGUGGUCCCACUGACCCACUGAGGCCCUUCUGAAGACAUGGGGAGGAAGGGGGUGAGAGGGUGGGAGAGAGAUGGAGGGAUGGAUGGAGGUAGAGAGAGAUGGGGGGGGGGUAGGAAAGAAGGGGAAAUGAGGAGUCCGUUUGAAGCAGUCUUAGGUCUUCACUUACUCACCACCAUGGCCGUCAGACGAAGACUGUAACCUGUACUCUGGCACUUUGUCACCGAGACUCUCCGAGAGAGAGAGAGAGGGGGGAAACUUCCAGAAGACGGUGGCUUCUCACAUUCCAUCAAAGACAAGAAAAGAAAAAAGUAAACAAAAGAAGAAAAAAAAAAACACUUUUUAACACAUCUGAGAAAUCGAGGACAAUGACUGAUGACAUGACUGACAGCAAGUAAAAAUGGACCUAAACGUGACAUCACACACACACAUGCAUACAUACAGACACGCCUCCACAAACACACUUAUACACAGUUUAACCUAACUUAGCAUUUUUUCCAUGUCUCUUUCUAUACCACCGAGGUAUCCCAAAAUGAGAGACCAGCCAAGUCCGAGUAGAUUGAAAUGAGUCUGGUAGGGGAGACAUGCUGUGAGUUAGCCUUACAAAUAUCCGCAGCCAGCCAGGCCUCAGUACAGCAGGCUGUAAAGUCUCUCCCCCUAAGGAACCCUGGAGUAAACUCGUUCUCCCUGUAACUAUUUUAACAUUCGAUUGUGGUUAGGACUUGUCGGGUUUAUGAGGCAGGAAUGUGGCUCUUGGUUGGGAAGGCCCGUCUGAGCUGCGCUAGGCUGGUGUGGUGUGUCUCGGGGAGCUGUCGCAUAGCCUCCUCUGGGAUGCGCUGGCACUCGGACAGCGGUGGUGCCAAAAUGGGGGCACUCUCGUCUUCUCUACAUAGAAACUAGUCUGCCUGCAGUCCGCAGUGCCCAGUGGAGCUGACCUGCACAUGCACCUCCAGCCCCCCCUGCUGGCCAGACUGAGCCACUGAUCCUCGUCCACUACCAGGUAACUGAAAAAUGUCUAGUGCGAGUUAAGUCGGUUAGCGUGCUAAUCUGGAUGAUCUCUUAUCUGUCAGAACUGGAGUGCUAAGCAUGCCUGAGCCAAGGGGAGCGCACCCAGGUUAGGUCCUGUCUGUAGAAGGUACCCUUCUGCUUGAAAAUGGGUCCGAAAAUAGCAUUUCAUUUUUGUUUGGCUUUGCACCAGCUGUUUAGUUUUGCACCUUGGAUAUCACGUUGAACUUGGUUGUAGAAGGGACCUCCAUGUGUGAGAGUGUAGACUUGAUGGCUCAGUGACUAGGGAAAGACUGUGCUCUAAAAUGUUAUCACACUACAGUUGAGAGAAACUAGAACACUAAGAUUAUACACAUUAGUGGGAGUGAAGGGGUCAAGCACUUUUUUUUUUUUUUUUUUGUGAAAACUCCCCCAUAUUGUUCAUGACACUUGUGUCCAUUAAUUGGUCUAUUUUUGGACCCACCUCGUUGAGGAAACACAGCCAAAAAGAAAGAUGAAAUGAAUCUGUGUAAUAAUGAAAUCACAUGACCUGUUUGCCUUUGUGACCAUUAGCUGCCUGUGUGUUGAGGGCCUCUCGUUAUUCAGUCGGUUGGUCCAUCUGACUGUAACGCUUAAUUUAUCUGUUGCUCUGAAGUGCUCCUGCACCUGAUGCUGCUGGCGGUGUCUUCUGCAUCUCUUAGUCCUCCCCUGCAGCUGGGGGCGAGGACCUGCGUGUCUCUGUGUCUCACUCACACACACACACACACCCCCUCAUGUUUCAUACACUUAUAUCGAGUACGUUGACACUUAACUUGUUAUUCUUCUAACCCAUAGUAAUUUGUCAUAGCAUUAGCCAACCAAUGAGUUGACCAGGAUUGUAUCCUGUGAAACAAAGGUGUUUGUGGUCUUGUGCAGUAAUAGAGAAGCGAGACUUGUAUGCCACAUUUGCUUUGUCCGUCUGUGUUUUUGCGUGUUUGAAAGUCUUAACAAGAGAGCCAUUUAGUUAGUCACUCCUGUCUAAAGCUGUGUAACACUAGGUGGAACUCACUGUAAGAGGCCCUACCGUUGCUACUGGAGUAAAAUAUGGCCUUGAUGCAAGGCGUAUGAACCACAUACAAACACCUUCCAGCUCCUCGAGCAUAUCAUGACUUUGAACCCACAUGAUAUUGUUUCCACACACCCAACCACACAUACAUACUCCACCCGACCCCAACCACACACACACACACACACACACACACACACACACACACACAGCUCCUCUCUGCACCGUCCACUUCACUCUUACCCCUCACUUCCUGUGCAGUUUAUUUUUUGUCUCUGAUGUUGUUUUCCUGUCCUCGUGUGUGAUUGCAUCUUUUCAGUGGUUUGUAUAUCUUGUGUACUGGUGCAGACUGGAUCUGAACAGUCAAAACAGUGUUUUUGAAAAGCAUUGGAGGGAUGGAGAGAAACCUUAAAAAAAAAAGAGGAAAUGUUUGUUGUGAAGGGUGCAUUAGUGCCUUUUUAAUUUAAGGAGGGAAAACGUCUAAUACACCAAACAAAGUUAAUAAUGCUCCUUGCAUUGAAAAUGACUUUUUGUGUUUGUUAAUUUGUGUCCAUUUCAUUUACAAAGGGCUCCAUUUGUUUUGAGUUGAGGCGUUUGCUGUGUACAGAUAUUAGUGCAUGUGUACACUUGUCUCUUCAACACUACAGUUUUUUUAAAAGGGUUAUUUCUGUCUAAUCCCGUCAGAGUAUCAGAUAUGUCAUGAACUCCAAAAGAAAAAAAAUCUUCUGGUACUCCUUAGUAUUAUUAUUUUUUACAAAUACAUAAAUAUAUAUAUACAUCUGUUUUACUGUUUAUAAAUUAAUCGUUUGCAUGUGGGUCUAUACCUAAGCUUGUUAUGUUAUAGUUUUAAGUGUCUUCGUAUGUCCUGAUGAAUUUAACUGUAGUAGCCUAAAUAUUCUCUGGUAUUUGUACUUGUCAUGGCCUUUUCUCCAUCUUUACAUAAAUAAAUGUAUAAAAAUAUCAA